ACGUCAGAGGAAAACAUGCAGAGCUUAAGCCCUGCGAGAGGCCGGGUCCUCUCUGAGGAGCAGUUCAGCUGCUCCAUCUGCCUGGAGGUGUUCGUGGAGCCCGUCUCCACACCCUGCGGCCACAGCUUCUGCAAAGCCUGCUUGCAGGGAUACUGGAACCACAGCAAGAAGUUCACCUGCCCCAUGUGUAAGAAGAGCUACUCCAAAAAGCCAGAGAUGAGUGUCAACCGGGUCCUGGCUGAAAUCUCCACCCAGUUCCAGGGGCUGGUGGUGGGCGGAGGGGCCGGGGCUGGGUCACGAGGAUCCACGCUGAAUCUAAGCUCAGACACAGGCCAUGGGGGCUCUCCGGGGCCCGACACUGGGGAGUUUGCCCAGACUGGGGACGUCCCCUGUGAUGCCUGCAUUGGGAGGAAGUUAAAGGCGAUGAAGUCUUGUGUGAGCUGUCCUGGGUCAUUCUGUGAGACCCAUCUCAGACAUCACAAAAAGGUGAAGACUCUGAUGUCUCAUCGUCUGAUCGAACCCACCUUCCACCUGGAGGACAAGAUCUGUAAGAAACACGAACGUCUCCUGCAGAUUUACUGCCGCACGGACCACACCUGCGUCUGCACAGUCUGCGCCGAGGCCACACACAAAUCCCACGACAUUGUUUCCACUGACCAUGAGUUUAAGAAGAAGAUGAGUAUUGUGAGCAAGAAGAGGUCAGAGCUCAAACAUUUGAUAAAAGAGAGAGCCAAGAAACUGGAGGAGAUCAAACAAUCCAUCAAGGUCAUCAAGUUCCUGCAGAACCUGGCGACGCUGGCGCCCCCACCCGAGCCUGCUGAUUGGUCGGCAGUCAGCAUCAACACUGACCUCUACCUGGGAACCAUAGGCUCCUCUGUCAGCGGCCUCAUUGAUAAGUUCCAGGAGGAGCUCAAAAGGCUGUACGGGAAAGAGCUCCGGAAGGUACAGAACUAUUCAAGUGAGGUGAUUUUGGACCCUGCCACCGCCCAGAGGAACUUGGUUGUGUCUGAUGACGGUCGCCAGGUGAGAUAUGAAGAGCGCAAGACUUCCCACGUAGAGGGUCCAAAGCGCUUCAGCCCCGCCCUCUUCGUCAUGAGCCGAGAGGGCCUCAGCUCUGGGCGACAUUACUGGGAGGUGGACAUGGGGCGCAAGACGGCCUGGACGCUUGGGGUGGCCAGCGCCUCGGCCCGCCGCAAGGGUGAGAUCAAGCUGAGUCCCGAGGGGGGAUACUGGUGCCUGUGGCUGAAGAACGGAGAGGUGAAGGCUUUGGCAUCAUCCCGCCUGCCUCUAAUGCUGCAGUCCCAACCCAAUAAAGUGGGAAUUUUCCUGGAUUAUGAAGGAGGACUGAUUUCUUUCUAUGAUGUGAAAUUGCGUCUACAUCUCUACACCUUUGUCGAUACCUUUAAUGAGAGUCUGUACCCAAUCUUCAGCCCCUGCCUCACCCAGGAGGGGAAGAACUCUUCUCCGCUCGUUAUAACCCCUGUUAAACACGCCUGUGUGUGUGUGUGUGUCUAUGUGUGGGGGGGUUGGAGGUGGCAGUGGUUACAGCCUGUCUCAUGUGUCAGUGUACAGCGGAGCACUGAGGCAGCUGCUCUCUGGAUUGAUGCCACUUUCAGAGCCUGGUUGCUUGCGCUGAAAAUGACCCUGCCUCUCCGCCGUGCAGGAAUGGCAACAACUGGGAACCUUUCUGAAGAGCAGGUGCACUGCUCCAUCUGCCUUGACGUCUUCACAAACCCUGUAUCCAUCCCCUGCGGACACAACUUCUGCCAGAGCUGCAUCCUGGGAUACUGGAAAACCAGCCCUUUGUACCAGUGUCCUAUGUGUAAGAAGUCUUUUCACAAAAGGCCUGAUAUUAGCAUUAACACUGUCUUGAGAGAAAUUGCAGAGCAGUUCAAGGAGAUCAGGGUGAGGAGUGUGGAAGGGAAGGUGAGCGAGGAGGAGGAAGAAGGGACUGAAAAGAAGUGGACAAUGGAAAGAAGGAAAAGGGAGGAUGAGGAGAGGCUUUUGGAGAAAGAUCAGAAGCAACAGCUAAUGGAGGAGCUGAAGCAGAAGCAAGAGGAGGACAGGAGAAAGAAAGAGAAAAAAGGAGAGAAAAAGCCACUACAAGAGGAGUUACCACCGCUUAUCCCGCCUGUGUUUGCACCCAAAACCUCUACUCCACCGUCACCAGAAGCCACAGCUCAGGCGCCACCACCGCCUCCGCAACCCCAAACAUCACCCCCACCUUCACCUCCAAUCUCUACUUCUCCUUCUCCUCAAACCUCACCUUCACGUCCCUCCUCUUCACUCCCACCUCCUUCGUGGGAGGAGGUCCUCUGUGAUGUUUGCCUUGGGGAAGGGAGGCCAAAGGCAGUAAAAUCCUGCCUUGUGUGUCUGACUUCCUACUGCGAGGAGCAUCUGAAAUCUCAUUCUGCCAGGUUCACCAAGCACAAGCUGAUUGAGCCGGUUGCCAACAUGGAGGACAGGAUGUGUCCGAAGCACCAAAGGCUCCUGGAGCUGUUCUGUAAGAAGGAUCAGACCUGUGUAUGCGUGCUCUGUACUGAGACAGACCACAGGGCGCACUACACCGUCCCCGUGGAGAGGGAAUGGACAGAGAAAAAGGCACAGCUGAAGAGGACAGAAAUAGACGUCCAGGAGAUGAUCCAGGACAGAGUGAAGAAGGUGGAAGAGAUCAAACACUCUGUGGAACUAAACAAAGCCAGCACUCAGAGAGAGAUUGAGGAAAGCGUGCAGGUCUUCUCAGAGCUGGUGCGCUGCAUUCAGAAGACUCAGGCUGAGCUAGUUUUGUCCAUAGAGCAGAAGCAGAGGCAGACGGAGAGGUGGGCUGAAGGUUUCAUCACUGAACUGGAGCAGGAAAUCGCUGAGCUGAAAAGGAGAAACACAGACUUGGAGAACAUGGCUCGGACUGACCACAUUCACUUCUUAAAGAACUUCCCAGCCCUUAGCACUCCUCCUUCUGUCAAAGACUGGUCUGAGACCAGUGUUCCCACUGACACAUGUGUAGGCAUGAUCAGAAGAUCCAUGUCCAAACUGGAGGCCACGCUAAAUGAAAUGAUCAGCAAGCUGGCUGAAAGUGAGAUCAAGAAGAUUCUGAAAUAUGCAGUGGACGUCACUCUGGACCCUGAGUCAGCCAACCCUUGGUUGCAGCUUUCUCAGGACAGACAUCAGGUGAGACACCUGGGUGCAUGGCAGGACCUGCCAGACAACCCUGAUCGCUUCGACACAGUGGUCAUUGUCCUGGGCCGCGAGGGCUUCACCUCAGGGAGACAUUACUGGGAAGUUCAAGUGGGGGACAAGGACGACUGGUACCUGGGUGUGGCCAGGUCUUCUGUUAAAAGGAAGGGCAGGAUCGCUGUAAGCACUACCCAGGGCUACUGGGCUCUGGCCAUGAAAAAAGGCCAGGGCUACCGAGUGUCAACUGCCCCGCCAAUACUUCUCCCCCUCGACCCCAAGCCCAAGCGAGUGGGCGUGUAUGUGGACUAUGAGGAGGGGCAAGUGUCCUUUUAUGACGUGAGGGCUUGGACCCAUAUUUACACUUUCAAAGAUACGUUCAUGGAGAAGAUCUUUCCCUUUUUCUACCUCUACUGCUGUGACAAAUCCUCUGAUACCAUCGUCAUUUGCCCGGUGAACCAGAAAAGCCUGAUCAAGCAAAGCUAAUAACAGGUUUACCAGUAAAAACAACACUGAAACCCCCUAUUGAAAGUGAAAACUGACUGUAUUUUGUUGUAGCAGUACCGGUUUUGAUGAAAUCUUAUUCUAUGUGUUUUGAAUGUUUAUUUAUUGUAAAGUGUAGCGCAACAAAUAUAUUAAUACAUACACAAUACAACAUUUGCACAAAGAAUAAAGGGAUAGUUUGACAUUAUGGGAAAUAUGCUUAUUUACUUUCUUGCCAAAGGUUAGAUAAGAAGAUUGAUACCACUCUCAUGUCUGUACACUGAAUAUGGAGCUAGAGCCAACAGCUGAUUAGCUUAGCUUAGCAUAAAGACAGUGGGAAACAGCUAGCCUGGAUCUGUCCAAAAGGCAACAAAAUCCAGCAGCACCUUUAAAACUCACUUAUUAACAAAUUAUAUCUUGUUUUUGAAUACAGUAGUUAUUUAGUACAAAAACUGAAGGAAGGUUAUGUUCAAGAAUGUUAAUUUUUUUUGCAUGGAUUAAACAAACAUAAUAUAUCUUGUUAAUUAGUGAACUUUGUUGAGGCUGGUAAGAGGAUUUACCACAGAGCCAGGCUAGCCGUUUCCCCCUGUUUUUUUUUAAGUGUUUAUGCUAAGCUAAGCUAGCUGUCACACACACACACACAAACAAACACACAGACAAAUAUAGACAUGACAGUGGUAUUGAUCUUCCCAUAUAACAGCAAGAAGGUUCUUAAAUGAACUAUUCCUUGAAACGCAUUUGAAAAAAUGUCUAACUUUUAGAUCUCUGAUUUCAUAAUUGCAUGUUGAUUGAGGUGCUUUAAAGGUUGUAUGCUAAAGAGAACUGUUUAUGACUUUUAACAAUAAAUGUUCUCUCAAAUGUCA